AUGAACUUUCUCCCUCGGAUCUGGUGGUCUCUUCCCUUGGUCUUGGUCUGGGCGACCCCACCAGUCACCUCCUCAUGGUGGUACAUGGGCGCCGUGGGCUCCUCGCGGGUGAUGUGCGACAACGUGCCGGGCCUGGUGAGCCGGCAGCGGCAGCUGUGCCGGCGGCACCCCGAGGCCAUGCUCUCCAUCGGCCGCGGCGUGGCCGCCUGGACGGCCGAGUGCCAGCACCAGUUCCGCCGGCACCGCUGGGACUGCAACGCCCUGGAGCGGGGACAGCGCCUGCUCGGCCGCGUCCUGCUGCGCAGUAGUCGAGAGUCUGCUUUUGUACAUGCCAUUUCCUCUGCUGGAGUUGUUUUUGCCAUCACCAGGGCAUGUAGCCAAGGGGAGCUGAAAUCCUGCUCCUGUGAUCCCAAGAAGAAAGGCUCUGCCAAGGACAGCAAGGGCCAUUUUGACUGGGGUGGCUGCAGUGAUAACAUUGACUAUGGCCUUAAAUUUGCCAGAGCCUUUGUGGAUGCCAAAGAACGGAAAGGAAAAGAUGCCAGGGCACUGAUGAACCUUCACAACAACAGAGCUGGAAGGAAGGCCGUGAAGCGGUUUUUGAAACAGGAAUGCAAAUGUCACGGUGUGAGUGGAUCCUGCACUCUAAGGACCUGCUGGCUGGCCAUGGCAGACUUCAGGAAAACAGGAGAUUAUCUGUGGAAGAAAUACAAUGGAGCAAUUCAGGUGGUGAUGAAUCAAGAUGGCACAGGUUUCACUGUGGCUAAUAAGAAAUUUAAGAAGCCAACUAAGAAUGACCUGGUAUACUUUGAGAGCUCUCCAGACUACUGUAUCAGGGACAGGGAUGUAGGGUCCCUCGGGACAGCCGGCCGGGUGUGCAACCAGAGCUCCCGCGGCAUGGACAGCUGUGAGGUGAUGUGCUGCGGGAGGGGCUACGACACCUCCCGCGUCAGCAGGAUGACAAAAUGCGAGUGCAAAUUCCACUGGUGCUGUGCUGUGCGCUGCCAGGACUGCCUGGAAGUGGUGGACAUCCACACCUGCAAGGCGCCCAAGAGCGCUGCCUGGAUUUCCCGGACAUGA